AUGUUCGACUUCAUGGCGCUUGAGCUUUUUGACGAGUCGCUGGGCUGCCUUGACGAUGGAACGUAUCAUCCUUGGGUAGAUAUGCUCUUUGGCUCGAUCAAAGCGUGGGCAUUCCUUAGCCUAUCUGAAUAUUUCCCGGCUUUGUUCUGGAUCAUCACACCUGCAGUCCGCAUUUUGCGCCGUGAUCUACUCCGCCAUCGGAACACAAAGUUUGCUUCCAUCGCUUCCAAAGUCUCCGGGAAAAGGGAGCCCGAACCAGGUCGUCGUACUUUUGACACUUAUAUUCAGGAAAGCAAAAAUCCUCAGUCCUCCCUCUUCAUAGAGGAGAUCUUGCCUAACUAUAGUUUUAUCAUGAUGGCGGGCAGCGAGACCACGGCCACCCUUUUAUCCGGCUGCACGUUCUUCAUUCUGAGACAUCCAGAUGUCUAUAAGAAGCUCGCCGCCGAAAUUCGACUCGGCUUCUCCUCUCCCUCGGAAAUGACGUUCUCAUCACUAGUUGGCAUGUCAUACCUACAAGCUACGCUUCAGGAAGCGUUGCGUAUGUACCCGCCUCUGCCGCUAGGCAUGCCGCGUGUAGUGCCGAGCGGGGGCGCCGUUGUUUCAGGGCACCUCGUGCCGGAAAACACAACAGUGGCCGUUGCUUCAUGGGCGACAUACCAGUCUUCGUCCAACUUUAAAGAUCCCCAAUUGUUCUUUCCCGAGCGCUGGCUAAAUACAUUUCGAGGAACCGAUAAUAUUGAAGGCGCUAUGCAAGCCUUUUCAUUGGGCCCGCGGGGGUGUCCGGGAAAGAGUCUGGCUUUGGCGGAGGCAAGCCUGGUUCUUGCACGAUUGAUUUGGACCUUCGACUUAGAACUGUCACCUCAAUGCUUUAACUGGGCAGAUCAACGAGCCUAUAUAAUUUGGGACAAGGGGCCACUUCUGGUCAAACUAACGCCACGCCGUUGA